GGUGGAGACGCCAAGAUGGCGGCGAGUCACUACUUGGGCUUCGCGCCGGGCGCCGGUCCGCCGUACAGCGCCCUGCUUCCCUCGGCUUCUCCCCUCCCUGCUGCUGGAGCCACCUCCGCCACGCAGCCCGCUCCUGGGAUGGGCCCCACCGCGACCCCGACGCUUCCCGAGGCCGCCCAGCCGCCCCGGCCCGUCGUCCCAGCGGGGUGCAGUGGGUACCAGCCCCACUCUGGCCAGGACUCCUGUUACAUCAGCCGGCCCCAGGAGCCCACCCCCGCGCCCACCACCACUCCCUCCUUCCAGCACAGCUGCGGCCAAGGACCAUUGGCAGCCGCCAGAAGCUACGAGAAUGAGCAGUGUCUCCCGCCGGCCGCCGGCCAGCCCCAGCUCCCUGCCUCAGCCCCGCUCUGCCAGCCAGGGCCAAGCUACCUGGGCUAUGACGCGGCAGCCUACUCAGGAGCUGGUCCUCAGUAUCCUCCACCGCUACCCCCACAGAUGCAGCACCCCCCACCGCCGCCCCAGCAGCCGCCCCCACUCCCAAAGCCCGUGGACUUGUGCCCGUGGGGUGGCUCAGGAAGCGGGCUGGGUGCCAGUCCUGGCGGCAGCUUUGCCAGGAAGCUACUGGCUCCCACCAAGCAGCUGACGCCCAGGGGUGGACCCCGGCAGCCCCCACUUCACUACUGUGACAUCUGCAGGAUCAGCUGUGCUGGCCCCCAGACCUACCGCGAGCACCUGGAGGGGCAGAAGCACAGGAAGAAGGAGGCGGCUCAGAAGCUGGGCGUCCAGCCCGGCGGCAGCCCAUGCGCGGUGCAGGCCCAGCUGCACUGCCACCUGUGUGCCGUGUCCUGCACCGGGCCCGAGGCCUACGCCGCCCACAUCCGGGGCGCCAGGCACAAGAAGGUCUUCAAGCUGCACACCAAACUGGGGAAGCCCAUCCCCACCAUAGAACCGGUGCCAGGGAACUCCAGCUCGGCCCCCGCCACCCACACCAGCGAGCCGGCCCCCGUCACCACAGAGAGCCCCCCUGCGGCCCCGGCCAAGCCUGCGGCCCCCGCCGGCCCCAGCGUGCGCGCCCCGAGCAGGCCAGAGCUGGCUAAGAGACCGGGGGCCUCCAGGGCCACCCGAGUGGGGCCUCCCAAGCCCCAGGCAGCAGGCAGCAGACCCCCCGACGGGAAACCAACACACCCCAAAUCAGAGAGGGCCAGAGAGCCGCCCACCUCAGGAGGCUCCGCGGAUGCUUCUGGAAGCUCCUGCGAUGGGCAGCCAGUGGGCCCAGGCUACGUGGAAGAGGUGUGCGACGACGAGGGCAAGGUGACCCGCUUCCGCUGCCGGCUGUGCGAGUGCAGCUUCAACGACGCCAACGCCAGGGACCUGCACCUGCGGGGACGGCGGCACCGGCUGCAGUACAAGAAAAAAGUGAACCCCAAUCUUCCGCUCGCACUUGAGCCCAGCAGCAGAGUACGGAGGCUGCUGGAGGAGCGGGCGAGGAGGCAGAAGCAGCUGACCCGGAGGCGGCUGGAGGGGCUGCGGCGCUGGCACGCGGAGAUGAGGCGUCAGGAACUGUGCAGGAGGCGGCUGGAGGAGGAGCCGCAGGCCCAGGACGAGCACCCAGGACCCUCACUGCCCAAGCAGCACCCUCCCUUCAGGAGCAGGCCAGGGGCACCCCCUGACACGCCUCUGCCCGCGCAACGGCAGGAGUCCAGCGACGACCGGCACGUCCUGUGCAAGCACGCUGCCAUCUACCCCACGGAGGAGGAGCUCCUGGCUGUCCAGAAGGCCGUCUCCCACUCGGAGCGCGCCCUCAAGCUGGUGUCCGACACGCUGGCUGAGGAGGGUUCUGGAAGCCCAGAGCAAGAGGGCAGUGGGCGCAGUGGCAUCGACCCGUCGCCUCGGAUCCUGAAAGGCGUGGUGCGGGUCGGCCUCCUGGCCAGCGGCCUCCUGCUUCGGGGAGACAGGCACGUGCAGCUGGCCCUGCUCUGCUCCCGGAAGCCCACGCACGCCCUGCUGCGGAGGGUCGCGGCACAGCUGCCCCAGCAGCUCUUGAUGGUGACGGAGGACAAGUACGAGGUCUCCUCUGACCCUGAAGACAACAUUAUCAUCUCCUCCUGCGAGGAGCCCAGGAUGCGGGUCACUGUGUCCAUCACCUCGCCCCUCAUGCGGGAGGACCCCUCCACGGACCAAGAAGGAGUGGAGGCACCUCAGCCCGACCUGGGAGAUGACCCGGGAGACGUUCUGAGCCUGGAGAAGUGCCUCCAGUCACUGGCCGCCCUCCGCCAUGCCAAGUGGUUCCAGGCGCGAGCCAGUGGCCUGCAGCAGUGUGUGAUCGUCAUCAGGGUCUUUCGGGACCUCUGCCAGCGCGUGCCCACCUGGGGGGCCCUGCCAGACUGGGCCGUGGAGCUGCUGGUGGAGAAGGCUCUGAGCAGCGCUGUGGGGCCCCUGAGCCCAGGGGACGCCGUGAGACGGGUCCUGGAGUGCGUGGCCUCGGGGACGCUCCUGACAGACGGGCCCGGGCUCCAGGAUCCCUGUGAGAGAGGCCAGACGGACGCCCUCGGGGCCAUGACCGCCCAGGAGCGCGAGGACCUCACGGCCAGCGCCCAGCACGCGCUGCGCUUGUUGGCGUUCCGGCAGAUCCACAAGAUCCUGGGCAUGGCCCCUCUGCCGCCCCCCAAAAGCAGGCCCGGGGCGCGCGUCCGGAAGAGGCUGCGGGAGGCGGCCGAGGCCCAGGAGGGCGCGGGCCAGAGGAAGCGGGGCCGGCCGGGCGGCGAGGGGCCCGUGUGAGCGGUCUCCCCUCCUGGAGGGACCCGAUGCUGCGCCGCGUGGCCGCUCCGUCCUGACAUCAGAUUUCCGCUGGAGUGACGUUCUGCGGGUUUCUUUAAAAACCCUGUGCUCAGGUCAUUGGAGAAAUCGCCUCAUUUUGGGGAGAGCCGCCGGGCAGCACCCUGUACCCCGAUGCCUGCCCCAUGGCGGGUGGGGGUGCAGCACAGUGAUGUCAAAGCCGGGCAGCCCUUGCGGGGUGUCAGCUCGCCCUGGGCCUCCUGAGCAUGUGGGUGUCUAGCUCGCUGCCUUUAGAGGCCCCCGCUGUGCGUGGCCGUGAAAUCUCGGGACAGGCCCGUCUGGGGCCCUGUGUCAGGAGGCAGGCCAGGGAUGGGAGCCAAGACCGAGGCCCAGCCUGCCCCAAACCUGCUGCCCCCCGCUCCCCAGCCUGGAGAUGGUCCCGUGGCCGGAGGCCUGCAGGCCUGAGCUGGGCUCGUCCCCCAUCCCCCAUGGGGAGGGUGGCAAGACCGAGGGGUGGUGAGGAGGCAGGCUGGGCGCCCCUGGCUCCCAUGAAACAUCUGUGUCCCAACCGUCUGCCCUGACCGCCCCCCCCAACCUCGUUGCACCAAGUGCCUUCCGCCACAGAGAGGAACCGCUCUGGGACGUCCCUGAGGGCGGGGGGUGCCUUCCGGCCUUUCUCGCAGCUCCCUGCAUAGCUCCAGCGCCUGCCUCUUGGGUGCUGGUCUGGGGGCUGUGCCUGGUGCAGGGCGCAGGGGUCAGGUGCCUCUGGGUCCUGGGGGACGUGGGGCACCCGCUGCCCAGCCUCCGCCCCGAUGCGUCCAAACCUCCCUCUUUGCCACCGUUUUUCUUGGCCAGCUGCCCAGUGGCACUGAGGGAGAAAAGUCCGGCUUUGGACUGACGCCAUCGACAGCCACUCGAGUCCUUUGAUUCAUUUCUGUGUUUAGGAGACAGCCUGUGAGUGACUUCGCGUCUCACGUCUUCACAGAGCCGCCUGGAAGUGU